ACGGAGCCUGGUUCCACGGUUCUAGGUUCUAGGUUCUGGCUCGGUUCUGAUAGGCGGCGGCCCGAUGUUCUGUGGCCUGAUUGGCUCCAGUGAGAACUGCAGGAAGCAGAACCUACUUUAUGCGCCAAGUUUUUGGUUCAGACCAGGAAAGAGACUCAGAUCCCAGAAACACAAGUAGAACAACAAGAACAUCAGCAGGUAGAAGAACAAGAACAUCAGCAGGUAGAAGAACAAGAACAUCAGCAGGUAGAAGAACAAGGACAUCAGCAGGUAGAAGAACAAGAACAGCAGCAGGUAGAAGAACAAGAACAGCAGCAAGUAGAACAACAAGAACAGCAGCAGGUAGAACCACAAGAACAUCAGCAGGUAGAAGAACAAGAACAUCAGCAGGUAGAAGAACAAGAACAUCAGCAGGUAGAAGAACAAGAACAUCAGCAGGUAGAAGAACAAGGACAUCAGCAGGUAGAACCACAAGAACAUCAGCAGGUAGAACAACAAGAACAGCAGCAGCUAGAACAUCAGUCGCUAGAACAGCUAGAACACCAGCAGGUAAAACAACAAGAACAUCAGCAGGUAGAAGAACAAGAACAGCAGCAAGUAGAACAACAAGAACAGCAGCAGGUAGAACCACAAGAACAUCAGCAGGUAGAAGAACAAGAACGUCAGCAGGUAGAAGAACAAGGACAUCAGCAGGUAGAAGAACAAGAACAUCAGCAGGUAGAACAACAAGAACAGCAGCAGCUAGAACAUCAGUCGCUAGAACAGCUAGAACACCAGCAGGUAAAACAGCCGAAGGUAGAACAGCAGCAGCUAGAACAUCAGCAGGUAAAACAACAAGAACAUCAGCAGGUAGAAGAACAAGAACAGCAGCAAGUAGAACAACAAGAACAGCAGCAGGUAGAACCACAAGAACAUCAGCAGGUAGAAGAACAAGAACGUCAGCAGGUAGAAGAACAAGGACAUCAGCAGGUAGAAGAACAAGGACAUCAGCAGGUAGAAGAACAAGAACAGCAGCAGGUAGAAGAACAAGAACAUCAGCAGGUAGAAGAACAAGGACAUCAGCAGGUAGAAGAACAAGAACAGCAGCAGGUAGAAGAACAAGAACAGCAGCAAGUAGAACAACAAGAACAGCAGCAGGUAGAACCACAAGAACAUCAGCAGGUAGAACCACAAGAACAUCAGCAGGUAGAAGAACAAGAACAUCAGCAGGUAGAAGAACAAGAACAUCAGCAGGUAGAAGAACAAGGACAUCAGCAGGUAGAACAACAAGAACAGCAGCAGCUAGAACAUCAGUCGCUAGAACAGCUAGAACACCAGCAGGUAAAACAACAAGAACAUCAGCAGGUAGAAGAACAAGAACAGCAGCAAGUAGAACAACAAGAACAGCAGCAGAACUUCCCCAGCAGCUGCUUUAUCAGGAGGAUGUUCUAACUGGCUACCAGAGGUUCUGCAGUCUGGACCUGGGAGAACCAGCACCUCCGCACAUUAAAGAGGAGCAAGUGGAACCAAAUCCCCUUCAGAUUAAAGGCAACCAGGAGGAACCGGAACCCUUUCAGAUCAACGAGGAUCAGCAGGAACCAGAACCUCUACAUUUAGAAGAAGCUUUGGAGGAACCAGAACCUCCUCAGAAUGUAGAGGACCAGCAUGAGCAAGAACCCCUCCAAACUGAGGAGGCCCUGGCAGAACCACAAAGUCCUCAGAUUAUCGACGACCUGGACGAACUAGAAUCUCUGGAUAUUGAGGAGCCCCUGGCAGAACCAGGAUGUCCUCAGAUUAUAGACGACCUGGGGGAAUUAGAAUAUCUGGAUAUCGAGGAGGACACUGAUGAGCUAGAAUUUAUAGAUUCACAAGAGGGACUCGAAGAACCACAAUGUUCCCAGAAUAAAACCAGGAAAGUAGAAUUCUGGACCCGGCAUGAUGAUGAGGGAUUGCUGCUGAGGAAGGAGUUUGAUACCUUUGUGCCUCGUCAGAGAAAGUCCAAAAACGACGAAGCGUUGAUGGGUUCUGAAGACGACCCUGGGAAUGUCCACAGUGCAGAAGCCCAACAGAACCAUGUUUAUGGGGAGGAGGUUCUCACCGAGCAGGACCCGAAGGAACCAGAACACCCGCAGAUUAAACAGGAGCAGGACGAACAUGGCUCCAGUCAGCCCGGACCGAGACAAGAGACGGACAUCUUCAUGGUGACCGUUAACUACGAUGAAGGCGAGCAGAGCGAUCCGGAGCCCAGCAGUUCCCAGCAGUCAGAAGACUCGGACGAACCCAAACCUUUUGUGUGCAAAACGUGCGGCAAAAGGUUCUCCAACAUGUUGCUGCUGCAUGACCACCGCGACACCCACCAGAAGGAGAAGCCGUACUCCUGCCAGCUGUGCACACGGCGCUUCGCCCGGCGGGACAGCGCCUUCCGCCACAUGAUCACGCACACGGGCGAGAAGCCGUUCUCCUGUCAGAUCUGUGGGGAAAAGUUCGGCCUGAACAGUCACUUGCUGCGGCACCUGCGGAGGCACACGGGCGAGAGGCCUUUCUCCUGCCACAUCUGCCACAAACGCUUCAGUCAGAGCAACACGCUGACCUGCCACGUCCGGACCCACACCGGCGAAAAGCCGUACCCCUGCAGGGUGUGUGGAAAGGGCUUCGUCAGGAGGAGCGCCAUGAACAUCCACAUGAGGAUCCACACAGGCGAGAAGCCCUUUAUCUGCAAGGUCUGUCACAAAACCUUCAGCCGAGGGACAGGCCUGAGCUACCACAUGAGGACGCACACGGGCGAGAAGCCGUACUCCUGCAAACUGUGCGGAAGAACAUUCAGACAAUCCAGCCACCUGAUGUGCCACAAGAAGAACUUCCACAUGGUUUACCCCCCAAGAGGAGAAAAACCUGGACUUGUGUAAGAUACGAGGCUUACCUUCGGCAGAAUGAGUCCAUACACUGCAAAAGCAGAACUAAAAAUAUGUAAAAUGUUCUUUAAAUGAGUGUAUUUAUCCUUUGUGCAGGUAAAUAAGACGAUUUGCCAAUUAAAUAAGAUUUU